CGAUAUCAGUACAUGUGUCAGUGUGGUCAACCAGCCCUUCUUGCAAUACGCAAUGAAUCAUAUUUGGCAGUAAGGGACGUAGACGCUGCCAGACAUUUUUUAACAGUUGCAGAGUUUCCUGUUUGCUACGCAGAUGUCAGUUUGAUCAGGGUGAGAACAGACCUUUACGUACCAGGCAUUUCAAAACACGGAUCAUUGGCAUCCCAUCUAAAUGUCUAACCCAGUGAUAACUCAUCAGCCCGGUGCUGGAGGCUAUGGCACAAAUGUCCAAACUGGACAGUGGAGUACUCAUGUGUGUGGAUGCUGUAGUGACAUUCCAAUUUGUUUGUUGGGAUUCUUCUGUGGACCAGUACUGAGUUGCUACACUGCUAAUAAAUAUGGGGAGAACUGCUGCCUAGGCUUUUUACCAGGUGGAAUGACAGCCCUGCGAACUCACAUGAGGCUCACUUACGGUAUUGAGGGAACAAUAUGCAAUGAUGCCCUGAUGACCGUUUGCUGUGGAGUUUGCGAAGUGUGCAGAAUGGCCAGAGAAAUUCGCAUCCGAAAUGGAGAAGUAGAUGCAAGCAGAUAGACAGUGCUAGCCAUAUGAAAAGCACUUAUUUUUUGUCUUUACGAGCUAAAGAUACAGGCCAUAAUGAGAAUUGAAAUGUUCUCAAUUCAUAUGUUUUACAAUUUCUACAAUAUUUCAUUGUCAGGGUAAUAUUUUAUUGUUGUAAAUAAAUAUUAUAUGAUGUUUGUAAAGAAA